AUGUCAAACCCCCCACCCUCCCACCCGAUGGCCACCGAGACAGCAGGCGGCAGCCUCGCAUCCGCUUUGUGUCCCUGGAGGCGCAGUUCCGGCGUCCUCCGUGAGGUAGCAGACUUGGAAGCUACGUGGCUGACCGUAGAGCUGGAGGAGGGUAUGAUUUACCUCGAUGACGAGAGCCUGUUGCGGUUCGUGCUUACACAGAUCCGGUCGGCGAACGCCGUUGUCGAUAUUCGCGCGCAGCAUUAUAUUAGACCUAGGUGUCUGUCGAUUCCUUCUAAGGUGAUUUCAGGUUCUUAUGCGUCGAUCCAGGGGGAGGCCUGUCGGCUGUUGAUGUGGCGGAUUGAGCAGGUUAGGACUGGGGAGGCGUGGCUUGACCGAGAUGUGCUUUUUGGUCCUCGUAGAUGGUUGAAAUAG